AGUAACAAGUAGUGUUAAAUUGUGUGUGAAAUGCAGGGUACAAAAGUGAAUAUGAUCAUGACAGAUUACUGCAUGCCUGGGAUGAGUGGUUAUGAUUUGCUUAAACGGCUCAAGGGAUCUCCUUGGAAAGAUAUACCCGUCGUCAUUAUGUCAUCAGAAAACGUGCCUUCAAGAAUCAGCAUGUGCCUGGAAGGAGGAGCAGAGGAGUUUCUCUUGAAGCCUCUUCAGUUAUCAGAUUUGGAGAAGCUCCAACCCUACUUCCUGAAACUACCCGACAAUUCCUGCGAAGGAGAAUGCAUAUCUACCGACAAUAGCUAUAAUAACUGUAAUAGUAAACGGAAGGCGACGUCACCGGAACCUAGGGAGAGAUCAAGAUCCAAGAUGAAAGAAUUAGAGGUUGUGUGAAUGGAAAAAUAAAGUAAUUUUCAUCUCAAGAGGUUGCUGAAUUUGUAGAGCGUUGUAACAUGGCAGCCAUAUAUAUGCAAAUCCCAAGCAUAUCAUAUCUGAGUAGUGCUUUCUGUUCUGAUAACCACAUCAUUUUUCUUCUUUGGGCGUUCACCGUUAAAUCACUUCGAGACUUUCAUUAUGUUGGGCUUUUAGAAGUAACGCCACGUACGUUCGCAACCCAUUUUUCUAUUCUGUG